AUGGAUUCACAUACGCCAAUGCUUAUCAGAUAUAUGGUGGCUAUGGACCUGUGCUCAAUCAUCCUGAUGACAUGUACUUCUGAUUGUGUGAAAACUGCACAAAUUUUGCUGUAUCUGUUCCAAAACAGUAACUUUUUCCUUGGCUCUGACAUAUCAGUCUCUUCAUGUUCAACUGAGAUUGUCAAUCGUGUUCUUGUUGGUGCCCAACUUCGCCUAUGGACCAAUGCUACUAUUGUCAAAAGAUUUAAGAGAAGACUUUCUGGAUCUGGCUUAAUGAAAGUCAUCAUUUGCUUAAUAAAAAUAUAUUCUGAUGAUACCUCCAGGAAUGAUUCAAAGCAAUACAAUGUGUAUAACAGCUUUUUGAUGUACUUUGCUGUGAUGACCCUUGAAAAGCAAAACAAACAGGAGAACACUUUGUUUGUUUGCAUAUGUAACCAUGUUCUCAAUGUCGUUAAUAUGCUGGGACCACUUGUUAAUGAUCUUGUUACCUUAGAGAAAGAUAUCCAAAUUUAUUCCCAAGAUCUUGGCAAACAUGUACUGAGUGUCACCUGCUUUUCUCAUGUUGCUCACUAUGACUGGCCCCAACAAUCAAAGGCUUUUCUUUCUGCUUUUGCCUCUUCUGAUAAACAAUCUGACAUAUACAAAAGUGGGCAAAGCUUAAGCUAUGUGAAGAACAGAAGCAAAGAUUUCCUUAGACUCAAAGCUUUUGAUCCAAUCAAAGACAUACCAAAUGAGAUUCUCCAUAUGAUCUCACUUGGAUUAAUUAAGUAUUUGCCCAUCUUGACAGUCAUUCAAAAGGAUAGCCUGCAACAUGAACUGUCCUCUUAUCAAUUCUCUUUCCAUACAGUUUUCAGAUUAGCAUCUUUAAUUUACAUUUGUAGAGUCUAUGAAGGCUUUGAUAGCUAUCUUUUGAAGAUUAGAAGUGAUGUUGACGAAGUUACAAGAGUGUUUCUAGUGCUAAACACUUUUAUCAUAUCUAAUCUCAAGACUUUCCAACAGCAGGACUUCAGCUUUAAACUAAAGCUUCGUCUCUUACACCACCUUACCAAAGAUAUGUUUUGCUUUGGCUGUGUCUUACAGUAUGAAACAGAAAACAGCAAGCAAUUUAACAAAUUCAUUUGCAAACAUUUGUUUAAAACGAACUGUCAAGCAACUUCCAGAGAUGUUGCUAAAAAUUUGCAAAUCAAUUUAUCUGCUGUCACCUUUGCAAUGGAGGCCCUUACAAUGUAG